AUGAUCACUAAGUUUGCAUUGGUAUCAAGUGUCCUAUUUAUCGUUUAUAAAUGUAUUUUUCACGAAAACGGUGACAAAAUUCUUAAAUGGAUUGAAGUAACGGCAGCCUAUCUACAACAUUCUAGUAUGGGUCCACCUAUUACUCUAUUCGCAUUUACUGUAUUAUCUGUUUUUCCUAUUGCAAGUUUUACUAUGUUGACAAUAAUAGCUGGGUCCAUGUAUGGAUUCUACCGAGGUGCACUCUUUGCAAUUUCUGGAUCAUUCUUGGGUUCUGUUGUUUGUUUUUGCUUGGCCCGCAAGAUAAAUAUUGAGAAAAGAUUAAAGCUAUCCAGUAAAAACCAGCAAAUAUAUAGUAACCUUCAAGAUAUUAUCGAUAAAAGUGGUCUUUUGAUGUCUCUUAUGAUACGAUGGAGUUUUCUUCCAUGCUCAGUAUCCAAUAUUUUGCUAUCAAAGGCUUCAAAUACUGCAUUCGGUUCCUAUUCUCUUGCCGCUAUUAUAGGAUCUUUAAAAGUACUACCCAAAGUAUGGCUGGGAUCCCAUUUGACAACUCUUGUAAAACCUUUGGCUCCAGCCCAAAGUCAUAUCAUGCAGUAUGCAAUGGGGUCAAGCGUCAUUGUCUCCAUAUUUGUGGGCCUAUGGGUUUUCCAUCAGGCUCGUAAUCCUAAAUAUGCCAAAACUCAAUAA